AUGAACCAUCCCUUGGAUAACAAUACCCCUGAAGGGCAGAAUGCCACCACCACGGCCAACGCUGACAAGGCAGAAAACAACAACCACUCGGAUGAUGGCGAGUACCAACGUGGGAUUCAGCUCACUCUCGUCCUCAUCGCUCUUUUGCUGAGCAUGUUUCUGGUCGCUCUUGACAUGACAAUAGUCGCGACUGCAAUACCGCGUAUUACAGAUGACUUUCACAGCUUGGACCAGGUUGGCUGGUACGGCUCUGCAUUUUUCCUAACACUAGCAUCGCUUCAGGCGCUAUGGGGAAAAGGAUACAAGUAUUUCAACCUCAAGACAACUUUCCUCCUUUCCGUUUUCAUAUUCGAGAUGGGCAGCCUCACAUGUGCUGUUUCGCGAAACGGCACCACUUUGGUCGCCGGGCGCGCCAUCCAGGGCGCUGGAGGUGCGGGCAUUACAGGUGGCUGCUACACAAUCAUCGCAUUCACGGUCCCCCCGGCCUCAGUACCAACUUAUACCGGUCUCAUCGGAGCAGUUUUCAGUAUCGCCAGCGUCGCAGGUCCCCUUCUAGGCGGAGUAUUCACCCAAGAACUCUCGUGGAGAUGGUGUUUCUACGUCAAUCUCCCCAUUGGCGGUCUUGCAAUCAUACUUCUGAUAUUUUUCUUUCGCACCCCUUCUCACGCAAGGCCAGUUGCGGCGACGUGGAGAGAGAUAUCUCUUCAAAUGGACCUCAUUGGCGUGACUUUGCUGUUAGCGUCGUUGAUUUCAUCAUCAGCAUUAUUUUCCUUCCUAAGCGGCAAGGCUCUGGGAAGAGUUGGUCACUUUUUCCCCUUUCUUCUGGUCGGAAGCCUCUUAGCCGUGACUGGCGCUGCCUUGCUUUACACUCUCGACAUGAAUUCGACUGUUGGUCAAUUCAUUGGUUACCAAAUCGUGUUUGGUGUAGCUGUUGGCUCCUGCAUUCAGGUGCCUAUCAUGGCAGCCACCGCAUUGGCCGAUCCGGCUGACAUACCAGUGGUCACAGCAGUCAUUCUCUUCUUCCAGCUCGUCAGCGGCGCCGUUUCUGUCUCCGCCGCACAAAGCGUUUUUACCAACCGUCUUAUUGCAAGCCUGCCUCGGUACGCACCAGAUGUAUCUGUUCCCCAGGUUGUUGCAGUUGGUGCGACUGAAAUUCGAAGCACCUUCCCGUCUUCACAGGUGCAAGGUAUCUUGAGGGCCUACAUGGCCGGUUUGAAGGCGGCUUGGGCUAUGGGGAUCGGGCUUGCUGUGCUGCCAGUCAUCUUGAGUUUUUGUCCACAGCGUGUCUCGAUCAAGAACAGGUCGGCUUCUGCGCAUGUCGGCUAG